CACAGCCGAACAGUUGGCGGCUAGGAAGCAACUGGAAGCGGGACCCUUGAAAAAAAAACCCUGUGAUACAGUUUCACAUAUCACCUUAACGCUUAACAAAUGAAAUAAUACAUUUGUCUUUUUGUAGAGCCAGCUCAAGUUAAAAAAAAAAAAAAAAAGGUCACCGAGAAGGGGACAAACACAAAAUGCCUCCCAAGAAGCAACAGCUGAAACCGACAGCGGCAAACGUCUCCAGCUCCAUGGACCUGGAGUCGGAGGAGGUCAGCUUGGAGACGACCGUGCAGACCACCGAAGACGUCUCCUCUUCUGACGAGCAGCGGGACGGAUCCCAAAAGGUGACCCGCCAGCUCAUCGAAAGGAAGGAGCUGCUGCACAACGUCCAGCUUCUAAAAAUCGAGCUUUCUCAGAAGAAUCUCAUCAUAGACAACAUGAAGGCUGACCAUAUGUCCAAGAUUGAUGAGCUGCAGGAGAGGCUUGGUGAUGCUUUACAUCAGAAGCAAGUUUUAGAAAUGAGACUGGACAACCAGCUGAAACUGACUCAAGAAGAGAGCAAGAAGCAGCAGGCAUUACGUAAGCAGGAGAUGGAUGCCAUCCUGAAAAGGCAGCAGCAGCUGGAGGAGACCAACCGACAGCUGUGUGAGGGAGCUGGAGAGCUGCGGAGGUCCCUCAGGGAUCUGGACAUCUCUCAGGACAAAUACAAGGAGCUCCGAGAUCUCCCGGACGAAGAAAUGUCCAUACAGGAAUACGUAGCUAAACGUUUCUAUGAGGUGGUGACUCCUCUGAGGACGGAGCUGGCUGAACUUAGUGGGAAGAGAGGCAGUUUGACUAAGCAGCUGGAUGAACACAGAUCACAGAUGAAGGCUUUGCUGGAGAGCUAUGAGGAGGAGCGGAGGCUGCGUUCAGAGCUGGAGCUGCGGAGCCAGAGACUGACCCUGGAACUGGCUGAUACCAAACAGCAGAUCCAAGAAGGAGAUUAUCGCAGAGACAACUACCCAAACGUCAAACGAGAACGUGACAACUUUGAAGCAGACCUAAAGGAGUUAAAAAGGAGAUUUGAGACACUAGAAGUAUCUCAUACUGCACUGACCCGAGAGAGAAACACUCUCAGUAAAGAGGUGGCAACAUCGCAGCAGUCAGUCACUCUCCUGCAGAAGGACAAGGAGUACUUACACAGGCAAAACAUGGAGCUGAGUGUCCGCUGUGCACAUGAAGAAGACCGCCUGGAGAGACUGCAGGUACAAUUAGAAGACACUAAGAAAGCAAGGGAGGAUGCCUAUGAAAAAUAUGUGGCAUCCAGGGACCGCUACAAGUGCGAGUAUGAGGCCAAGUUGAGAGAAGAGCUUGAGAACAUCCGACUGAAAACAAGUCAGGAGAUUGACAACCUGCAGAGAACCUCCAGGGAGAUGUAUGAGAGGGAGAACAGGAACCUGCGUGAGGCCAGAGACAACGCGGUGCUGGAGAAGGACAGAGCCGUGGCUGCUGAGAGAGACUCUCAGUCCAGAUAUGACCAACUGCUGGAACAGUUCCGUCAGCUCCAGCUGGGUACUGACAGUCGGGUAGCAGACUUUUCCAACCAGGCCAAGCUGCACUCAUUUGAAGCCGAGCGCGCUCAGAUGGUCAAGGACGAGACUGCUAAAGCUCUGGCUCAAUGUCAGGUGGAAUGUGAGAAACAGCAGAAAAAACUGGAGCUCCUGACCCAGGAGUUUUACAGGCUGCAGACAUCGUCAGAGAAGCGGGUCACAGAGCUUCAAGCUCAGAAUGCCGAGCAGGCGGCUCGGCUUGAGACGUAUGAAAAGCUCGAGCAAGAGUUGGACCAAGUCACCAUGCAGGCUGCGGAAAUUGAGAAUGAAGAGGAAGCAGAGAGAGUUCUGUUUUCAUACGGCUACGGAGCCAACGUUCCAACAACAGCCAAAAGAAGACUAAAACAAAGCGUUCACCUGGCCCGCAGAGUUCUGCAGCUUGAGAGGCAGAACACAUCACUGAGGAGGGAACUGGACACACACAAGUCACAGACAGGACAGAUUUCAGAAGAGUUGUUGGCAGCCAACCAGCUGUUACAGCAGACGCAGCAGCCUUAUAGCUACCUGAUCGAGACGGUGAGACAAAGGGACGCACAGAUAAGUGCACUGAAGGAGCGUGUCACCUCGCUUGAAGACGAUGUCAGUUCCCUGAGGAAAGAACGGACCGCUCUGCUGCAGGUGAAAAACAACAUGGCGGCAGAUUUGGAGAGACUCCUAAACCAUCGAGAGGAGUUAGCCGUGAUGAAACAAGUCCUGAUCAGCAUGAAGUCUGGACAAAGAGACUCUGUAAACCUGUUAGGAGCAGAUCAAACCGGUAUCAGGACCUCUAGUGCGGGAAAACAGCCGUCUAAACGGAUCAACAGGACCACAGAGGAAGAGUCGCCAAGCAAACCCAAACCCACUGUGUUCACGAAAAAAGAAGUUCCUGAUUGGUACCCAAAGCUAAAGCACACAUCCAAAUGAAGUGUCUUUUUUUUAACUACUGGUGCUUUUAAUUGUUUAUCCACUUUUUUGUAUAUUUAACUUGUAAAUAACACAUCUGUUUCAAAUUUCCAUUUUUUUAAACAUACAACUAAAAAAAACGACACUGAUGUCUGAGUGUGUUGUUGCUCUCGUCCAUGGUUACACAUUGUUCAGAGAGGAUACAAUCCCUGUGUGCUGGUCUACAAACAGAGAUAUUGCCUCUCACAGGGUACACAUUCCUAGCUAACUGACUGCCCAAAAAUUCCUCUUUCUUGGCAGUGUUCUAUUUUAUUAGGUCUGUCUAUCAUUAUUUUCUCAUCUUUUCCAGGUUUAGAGAUACUUGUAGCUACGGACACACAGCAUUGCAGGAAGCCUAACCUCGGAUUUGCCCGAGCUGGGACUCCUUUGGCUUUAUAUAUAGACAUAGUAGACAUACCUUCAUCAUUUCAGACCAUGUUCUUAUCGGUGUCAUAUUAAACUCUGCUCGAGGACUGCUUUAAAACAGGACCUCUCCUUUUCACAACUCCCCCCCUCUUCUUUUUUAAACUCUAAAACACACAAUACAUUGUGAUUGUAUAACGCUAUUCUUAUCACAGGUUCAACACAUUUCUUUUGUUACAAACACAGCAGUGUAGCAGAUAUCUUUACUGGCACCUUUAAUUUCUGAAGAUAUUUUCCAACUUACUUGUAUUUUAGAAAAUGUGAUACAUGUGGGAUUUUGUGCAUUGUAAAUAACAUUGAACUGACCCAAGAGGAAUUUGGAAACAACCCAACCUGCUCACAGUCACAUUCAAUUUAAAUCACAU